UACACAGUACACUCUGAGUUGGAGUUACUCAUUAUUCUCUCUCUUUAUCUCUCUCUAUCAGUCACUCACACUCAACAACAACACUCACAGAGAGAGAUGGAGGAUCUCGAGGAGGGAGAGAAUGGAGAAGAAGAGGUGCUUGGUUCAAGCUUGACUAUGGAGAAAGUAGCAGCUGCUAAGAAGUUCAUCGAGGAUCAUUAUAAGGCACAGAUGAAGAAUAUCCAAGAUCGGAAAGAAAGGCGUUGGAUUUUGGAAAGAAAAUUAGCUUCUUCAGAUGUGCCAACUGAAGAACGGCUAAACCUCAUCAAAGAUUUAGAGAGGAAGGAAACUGAAUAUAUGCGAUUGAAAAGGCACAAAAUUUGUGUGAAUGAUUUUGAUCUCUUGACCAUCAUUGGAAGAGGGGCUUUUGGGGAGGUUAGGCUGUGUCGGGAGAAGAAAUCUGGAAAAAUCUAUGCAAUGAAAAAGCUGAAGAAAUCUGAAAUGCUUAAGAGAGGCCAGGUGGAACAUGUUAGAGCUGAGAGGAACUUAUUGGCUGAAGUCGCCAGUCAUUGCAUUGUGAAACUUUACUACUCAUUUCAGGAUACUGAAUACUUGUAUUUAAUAAUGGAGUACCUGCCUGGGGGUGACAUUAUGACUCUGCUGAUGAGGGAAGAUACCUUAAGUGAAAAUGUGGCUAGAUUUUACAUGGCACAAAGUGUUCUUGCCAUAGAGUCUAUUCACAAACACAAUUACAUUCACAGAGAUAUUAAGCCCGAUAACCUACUUCUGGAUAAAAAUGGUCACAUGAAGCUCUCUGAUUUUGGCCUCUGUAAGCCUAUCGAUUGCAUUACCUUGCCUACACUGCAUGAGAAUCAAACCAUGGAUGAUGAAACUUUGGCUGAGCCAAUGGAUAUCGAUAGCUGUGUUCCUGAUGCGAACAAUCGGAAAAGCUGGAGAAGCCCGCGUGAGCAGCUUCAGCACUGGCAGAUGAACAGGAGGAAGUUGGCAUUUUCAACCGUGGGGACGCCAGAUUACAUUGCUCCUGAAGUACUUUUGAAAAAAGGAUAUGGGAUGGAAUGUGAUUGGUGGUCACUGGGAGCGAUAAUGUACGAAAUGCUGGUUGGUUACCCUCCAUUUUACUCUGAUGACCCAAUAACCACAUGCAGAAAGAUUGUUCAUUGGAGAAACCAUUUAAGAUUUCCAGAAGAUCCCCAUUUGACACUUGAGGCCAAGGAUCUAAUCUACAGAUUGAUGUGCGAUGUUGAUCAUAGGUUAGGUACUCAAGGGGCAAAUGAAAUCAAGGCUCAUCCAUGGUUCAAGGGUGUAGAUUGGGAUAGACUUUAUGAAAUGGAUGCAGCAUUUAAACCACAAGUUAAUGGGGAACUGGAUACCCAAAACUUCAUGAAGUUUGAUGAGGUAGAACCACCAGAUGCAACAAGAGCCGGGUCCGGAUCUUCAAGAAAGAUGCUUCUAACUCCCAAAGAUCUAAACUUUGUUGGUUAUACUUACAAAAACUUCGAUGCUGUAAAAGAAGGCCUUCGCCAGUCUUUGAGUGAGUCCAUGCAAGAUUAUGCUUCCAAACGGACAGCUGAUGAAACAGGCUUGCAAAUGCUCGCGUCGUCUGGAGACCCUAUGUUACCAUGACAUAAAGUUCCGUGCAAACUGAAACCCGCCGUGUAGAGUUUGAGUGCUAGUUUUGGCUUUAUAUAUUUGGCCGAAAACAUCUGUUAGAGUACUUCAAUUCCCAUGCAUUUGCAAGAACAAUGUGUACAGCAAGUAGUUGAACAGUAUGUCCAAGCUUAUAGGGCAACAGUGUGUGUGUAUUUGAAUUUUCAAAUUAGGAACUGAAUCUUGUGCAACUGAGUGAUCCUGUGCUGGCUGCCCAGGUUGGCUGUGGAAGACUUGCCUUCUCUAGUGGCAGUUGCUGGUUAAAUGUUAGUUAUGGACAAAGCUCCCCGGUAACAUUAUGUGAUGUGUACAUUUAUUGGAACAUUGCAAAAAAUUUAACUAUAAUAGAAAGACUGUUUGAGGAUGGAUUA